AUGUCAUCAUUCCCGCCUUCUGAACCCACCUCAUCUGCGAAUAAGCCUCUGCCGAAAUCGCCGCCAAGUACCCGAUCGCGCUACCCUACAGGUCCUACAACGAUUAGCAGCGGGGUUACAAACACAGUUGAUACUGCGUCGUCAAAUCCCCACGGCCAUGCGAUUGCGCAGUUCGCGCCGGACGCCCCUAGCAUCCGCAGCUGCGUGACCUGCCGCCGACGAAAAGUCCGCUGCAACAAGCGCACGCCAUGCUCGAACUGCGCCAAGGCAGGCAUCGAAUGCAUCUUUCCUCCGCCGGGGCGGGCCCCGCGCAAGACAAAACGGCCUCAUGAUGCGGAGCUUUUGUCCCGACUGAGACGCCUGGAGGGUGUCAUUGAGCAUCUUAGCGGGCAGAAGACUGCGCCUGCCGAGUCCCAGUCUAGUGUCUCGUCGCCUCUGCAGCAGGAACAUGGGGCCGUGGAGGCGAAGAAAGGGGCGGAGACGAGUCCGCAGAUGCAGAGCGAGGAGGCCGGACUGUGCCCGUUCAUGCUGGAUCCCGAUCCGAAGGCUGCGAAGCCGCGGACCUUGGAGCACGAGUUUGGGAGACUGGUUAUUGACGAGGGACGGAGUCGGUAUGUGAGUAAUCGGUUUUGGGCGAGCUUGGGAGAUGAGAUUGAGGAAUUGCAAGAUAUCUUGGAUCCGUCGUCAUCAGAGGAGGAAGAUUAUCCCUCCCCCGAAUCGUCUUCGACAUUGUCUACCAACCAUGAUGGAUUUCUUUUCGGGUUUUACUCUCUUUCACAUUCCCUUCGCAGUUACCAUCCCCCGCCCUGCAAAGUGCCAUUGAUAUGGGACAUCUAUCAGGAUAAUGUAGCACCGCUCAUACCUCUUUUCCACAAGCCCACCGUCCAGCAGCUUCUCAUGAGCGCUGCUCAGAGCCCAAAUCUCUUGGACAAGAACUCUGAAGCAUUAGUUCUUUCGAUCUACCUGGUCACCGUGGUUAGCAUGUCUCCCGAACAAUGCUUAUCGACACUAGGCGAAGAUCGCGAUACUGCCGUCACGCGUUAUCGAUUUGCAGUCGAGCAAGCGCUGUCAAAAGCAAACCUACUCAAUACACAGAACCUGAUGCUUCUCCAGGCUGCAGUCCUGUUCCUGAUUGGGGUACGUCGUGAGGAUGACACAAAAUUUGUUUGGUCCAUGACUGCUAUUGUUCUUCGCCUUGCGCAGGGCCUCGGCCUGCAUCGAGAUGGCACAAAUUUUGGUCUGAGGCCUUUCGAGACUGAGAUGCGCCGCCGAUUGUGGUGGCAUAUCUGCCUCCUGGACAUAAGGUCGGCCGAAGAUCAUGGGACGGACGCGCAAGUUCACGAAAUAAUGUACGAUACCCAUCUGCCGCUGAAUAUCAACGAUGAGGAUCUCACGCCUGGUAUGCUGGAGCCACCUGAGGAGAGAGUGGGUUUCACUGAAAUGACUUUUUGCCUGGUCCGCUGUGAGAUCACUGCCGCUUUACGUCGGGUCAGCUACAUGUGUCCUGGCGGCCAAGAUCGUUCUGAGAAUGCACAACGACCGUCCGAUGCUUGUGGAAAGUUGAUACAGGAAGUCAACAAACGGGUUGAGGAGCGGUAUACCAGGCACUGCGACAUGAAUGUACCAGUGCAGUGGGUCUGCGCUACUGUCGCUCGUUUGAUCCUGGCAAAGCUAUGGCUCAUAGUCCACCACCCAAUGACUCGAAUUAAUCCCGGGGCAAGCAAUUUAACCAUGGCGUCUCGAGAGAAUCUAUUCGUUACGUCAGUGGAAGUUGCUGAAUUCACACGCUUAUUGGGACAGAACAAGAACACCUCCAAAUGGAGUUGGCUUUUUGUGACAAAUCUGCAGUGGCACUUGAUUGCCUUUGUCUUGUCAGAGCUCUGCGUUCGUCCAAUUAAUCCGAUCACAGACCGGGCGUGGCUGGUCGUGAGUUCAUUGUACGAGACUUGGGGCCGCACCGCCAAGCAUCAGAAGGGAAUGCUCUGGCGCCCGCUUUCACGGCUGAUGAAGCGCGCAGCCGCCUUUCGAGCAAAGCAGCAGGCAGGGGUGCAAAUUUCUCCUAGCAUCAGCUCUCCUUCGAUUCCCCUCCCUCCAUAUCAUGGUCCUGCUUGGCAAAGUAUGAGCCAACCUCAUCUGGCAGCUCAGGUCCAAGGCGCGGGGACAUCAAGCACCCAACCCGCAAAUCCACCUAGCACCGGUGCUCACUUCGACACCGAGACUUUCAGCGAGUUUCUCCCGAGCGUCAAUUGGCUUAGUGGAUCCAGCUCGCAGACAAUGCCAACUCAAGAGCCUUUCAGUGCAACUUCAUCAUCUGGCAUAUCAGCGAGCUUCUUACCUUCCUCCUCGACCAGUCAAGAUCCAGCCCUACUCGACCACAAUUGGGCUGCAUGGGAUCAAAUUAUGCGCGACUUUCAGAUGGAUGUUCAGGAAGCACAGACGAACCAUCCAUUAGGCAACAUAUCGGACUGGUUUGCCUAA